AUGCCCAUCAUCCACCACCGUGGCCGUUGCAGGUCCUCUCCCCUGAAAGCCCUCGCACUCUCAGGAAUCGUCUCGGGCGACGACUCCAGAUCCGUCCGCCCUAGCGCGAGAUACAUGAUAUCCAACGGCGCGAGCGGCCAGUUUACCGAAUUCCCGAGAACCACCAGCAGCCUACGCUGCUCCGGCAUCCCAGCAACCGCCGUGGCGAUGGAGGAGAUCAAGGGCACGAACGUCGCGUCGACGGACGUCUCGCGAAACGCCAGUUCCGGAACAUCAUCCUCGGCCUCCCUCGCCCCCAUGACGGGGUAG